AUGAAUCCACCGCCAUGUCUCGUUGAAGAACGACUGCUCGCGACAACAGAGCAUCUGGCCGGGGGAAUAAAUAGCGGCCACUCGCGAGAACCGUGGGUGCACCCGCAUCUAGAGCAGGGCGUGGUGCCGAUCAAGGGCCGACAACUCCGGGCCUCGAAAUGCAUUCGACAGGGCGAGCGGCUUCUGGUUGAUGUGCCCUAUGGGUUUAUCCCGGUUGUUGAUGAACCGGAGACCAGCGAUAGUCUGCUGUGCAGUAACUCGGCCUGUGGGCGACAGACGCAGAGCGAUCGGCGGAUAAAAUGCCCGAGGAAUUGUCUGGUCGAUGUCGUGUGGUGUAACUCGACCUGUCAGGAUGCGGAUGCGCUGCGCCAUGAGUUCGAGUGUACCUGGCUGCAGAGAUAUGGUGCCUCGAUACGCUCGAAAUGGGGGGAGUAUGACUUUGGGAUGUUGUGGUUGAUCGUGCGGGUUCUUGCCUCGCGGCAGCUCGAGGGCCAAGAUCUCUUGAGGGAUAGGGACGGCGAAGCGAAUGGUCGCUUCAAGGGUGGCUGGGGAGCCAUCCAGGAUUUCUGUGGCUCGACGGAGAGUUGGUCACACGCCCAGGUCCGGUCUUGGACCGCAUUGGUCAAGAGGUAUCUUCGAGGGGGUCCGGCGUUGCCGCACGACCUGAGUGUCGAUGAUGUCGUGGCGCUUAUCUGCAGGGAGGAGGCAAACUCGUUUGGCAUGUAUCCGAGAGGAACUGGCGUCUUUCCCAUCCCGGAUCCCCCGGUGGAUCGGGGAGAGCAGUAUGGCGCGGCGGUGUAUCCGAGAGCCGCGAUUGCGAACCAUUCCUGUUCGCCGAAUGUCAUGCAUAAGCCGGAUAGCCAAGGUCGGAUGAUCUUCACGGCGUCGAGAGAUAUCGCAGCUGGAGAAGAGUGCUGUAUAUCCUACUUCGAUCUGACCAAGUGUGUUGAGUUGAAAGACCGACGAGAUCAUCUGCAGAAUCUGUUCCGCACCGCCAAAACCAGCGACCAUGAAGCCCAGGAGAUGCCAGUCACUUCAUCCGGCUCGCAGCAUCUGCACCGCAAGCUGCGAGGAAAGGAGGUCCAGCUUUUUGCGGUCGGAGGGGCCAUUGGGACGUCCCUCUUUGUACAGAUGGGUGCCGUGCUGCCCAAAGGUGGUCCCGCCGGCCUUUUGAUCGGGUUUGUCGCGUAUGGAACGAUCAUGCUGGCUGUCAAUCAGUGCUUUGCGGAAAUGGUCUGCUACCUGCCCAUUCCCUCGCCGUUCGUUCGCCUCGCCGGCCACUGGGUAGAUGAUGCGUUGAGCUUCGCUAUGGGCUGGAACUUCUUCCUCACGAUGGCUCUCGGGAUUCCAUAUGAGAUUGUCGCGCUGAACGUGCUGCUCACAUACUGGACUGAUCGUGUUCCCGUAGCCGCGGUGGUUGUCAUUGUCAUGGUGCUUUACGCGGUGCUGAAUAUCUUGACCGUUCGAUACUUUGGAGUCUCCGAAUUCUAUCUUUCCUUCUUCAAGAUCAUACUCAUGGUGGGUCUGAUCCUGUACGCUUUCAUUACGAUGGUCGGAGGCAAUCCUCGCCACGACGCGUACGGUUUUCGAUAUUGGAACGAUCCGGGUGCAUUCGUAUCAUACAUUGUCCCAGGAGGUGUCGGUCGAUUCUGUGGCGUCCUCGCGUGUAUGGUCCAAGCCUCUUUCACAAUGGUCGGUCCGGAAUACAUCUCCAUGGCAGCUGCAGAAGCAGAACGGCCGCGUCGCGUUAUGCGCAAGGCCUACGCCUCAUUCGUCUGGCGUCUGAUGCUUUUCUUCAUCCUGGGUGCCUUGGCAAUCGGCAUAGUCAUCCCAUACAAUGACCCCGUUCUCGCUGCCACUCUGGCCGGGACGAGGAAGGGAAGCGGGACCGGAGCUGCGUCUCCGUAUGUAAUCUCCAUGGACCACUUCGGCAUCCAAGCGCUUCCCGACAUUGUCAACGCCUUGAUCAUGACGUCCGUCUUCUCCGCUGGUAAUAACCUCGUCUUUUCUGCCGCUCGGACUCUACACGGCAUGGCCUUAGAGGGCAAGGCACCGGCCUUCUUUGCUCGCUGUAACCGACAAGGUCUUCCAUAUUUUGCUGUCGCAGCAGCCAUGGCUUUCUGUCCGCUGGGCUUUUUGCAAGUCAGCAACAGCUCGGCUACCGUUCUCAACUGGCUCGUGGGGGUUAUCACAGCGUCGUACCUGCUGAACUACUUCGGAACUUGCAUAACAUACCUUCAUUUCUAUGCAGCGAUGCGUCGGCAGGGAGUCAGUCGUGACAGUCUCCCUUACAAAGGAUAUCUGCAGCCGUACGCAGCGUGGUAUGCUGUCUUCGGAACCGGGAUCAUGACACUGAUCCUGGGAUACAACCUGUUUAUUGAUGGACAAUGGGACAUCUCAAACUUCUUCUUGGACUACACAAUGAUCGGCUUUUUCAUUGUCGCAUAUCUGUUUUGGAAGGUUUUCAGGAGAACGAGCUAUAAUUGGCCUGGGACUGCGGAUCUACAGCUUGGAGGACUGAAGAAGGAGAUUGACGAUUAUGAGGAGAUGACCCCGGUUCCAGUCCGAGGGAGAAUGUCGCAGUUUUGGAAUAGCUUCUUUGAGUGA